UACCCCGUUGUUGACCCAUGUGGCUGUACCGGUAAGAUUGUGUACCCCGUUGUUGACCCAUGUGGUUGUACCGGUAAGGUUGUGUACCCCGUUGUUGAUCCAUGUGGUUUGUACCGGUAAGGUUGUGUACCCCGUUGUUGACCCAUGUGGCUGUACCGGUAAGAUUGUGUACCCCGUUGUUGACCCAUGUGGUUGUACCGGUAAGGUUGUGUACCCCGUUGUUGACCCAUGUGGCUGUACCGGUAAGAUUGUGUACCCCGUUGUUGACCCAUGUGGUUGUACCGGUAAGAUUGUGUACCCCGUUGUUGACCCAUGUGGCUGUACCGGUAAGAUUGUGUACCCCGUUGUUGACCCAUGUGGUUGUACCGGUAAGAUUGUGUACCCCGUUGUUGACCCAUGUGGCUGUACCGGUAAGAUUGUGUACCCCGUUGUUGACCCAUGUGGUUGUACCGGUAAGGUUGUGUACCCCGUUGUUGAUCCAUGUGGUUUGUACCGGUAAGGUUGUGUACCCCGUUGUUGAUCCAUGUGGUUUGUACAGGUAAGGUUGUGUACCCCGUUGUUGAUCCAUGUGGUUGUACCGGUAAGGUUGUGUACCCCAUUGUUGACCCAUGUGGCUGUACCGGUAAGGUUGUAUACCCCAUUGUUGAUCCAUGUGGUUUGUACCGGUAAGGUUGUUUACCCCAUUGUUGACCCAUGUGGCUGUACCGGUAAGGUUGUGUACCCCGUUGUUGACCCAUGUGGCUGUACCGGUAAGGUUGUAUACCCCAUUGUUGAUCCAUGUGGUUUGUACCGAUCGGAGCAUCCCUGUUUGUGAGCAACAUCGGCACCGAGCACUUCAUCGGCCUCGCCGGCUCUGGGGCCGGCAACGGCAUUAGCGUUGGGGCGUGGGAGCUUAACGCCCUGAUGCUCCUGCAGCUUCUUGGCUGGAUCUUCGUGCCAGUGUAUAUUGCAUGUGGGACCUACACCAUGCCGGAGUAUCUCUCCAAGAGAUUCGGGGGAACCAGAAUGAGAGUGUACUUCGCCUUUCUCUCCCUCAUCCUUUACAUCUUCACCAAAUGUUCUGGGGACCUCUUCACCGGUGCCCUGUUUAUACAGCAGUCACUCAAGUGGGAUCUGUACCUGAGCAUCGUGUUGCUGGUCCUCAUCACCGCUGUUCUCACAAUUACAGGUGGCUUGACAGCUGUCAUCUACACAGACACGCUUCAGGCGGUCCUGAUGUUGACGGGAGCACUGUACCUCACCGGAGCGGGGUUUUAUGAGAUCGGUGGUUUUACUGGACUACUGGAGAAGUACCCUCAGGCAGUGCCAAAGAACGCCAGCUCCAUCGUCCCCGGUACGACGUGUCACCACCCUGACAAGCAGGCGUUCAGGAUGCUGCGGGAGGUGGACGACGACUACAUGCCUUGGCUCGGCUUCCUCCUCGGACAGACGCCGGGGUCCAUUUGGUACUGGUGUGCAGACCAGGUCAUCGUGCAGCGUGCUCUCGCCGCGAAAAGUAUCUCCCAUGCUCAAGGGGCUACUCUCAUGGCAGGCUUCAUCAAGAUCCUCCCCAUCUUCAUCAUGGUGAUGCCAGGCAUGAUGAGCAGGAUCCUGUAUCCAGACGAGGUAGCCUGCACCAACCCAGACUACUGCAUGGAGGUGUGUCAGAGCAAGGCUGGAUGCACGAACAUCGCCUUCCCUCGACUCGUGCUGGGACUUAUGCCAGACGGUGCCCGCGGUCUCAUGAUGGCGGUGAUGGUGGCAGCUUUGAUGAGUGACCUGGACUCCAUAUUCAACAGCGCUAGCACUCUCUUCACCAUCGACAUAUGGAAGAGGUUCCGACAGAGGGCCUCAGUCACGGAACUCAUGAUAGUGGGGCGGGUGUUUAUCGUGGUCAUGGUGGGCGUGUCCAUCGCGUGGGUGCCUGUCAUCAAGGAGAGCCAGGGCGGCCAGGUCUUCAUCUACAUCCAGGAGAUCACCAACUACCUCGCGCCGCCGUUUGCUGCCGUCUUCCUGCUCGGUGUCCUCGUGCCCAGGGUCAACGAGAAGGGUGCCUUUUGGGCCCUGAUGGUGGCCUUUGUAACUGGCAUGGUCCGUCUGUUCGUGGUGAUGGUGUACCAGUUUGAUGGGGAGACCUACUGCGGGGCCAAGAACACUGGUUACCAGCUGCCUGGUAUCGUUAAGAACUUCCACUACAUGUACUUCUCACUGUUCAUCACCCUCCUCACUGCGGUCCUCGCCAUCGUCAUCAGCCUCUUCACCGAGAAACCAGAGGAAAAAUAUUUAAUAAGAACCACAUACUGGACACGCCAUGAUCCACGGAGACCAGACGUCCUUGACAUGGAGCUGAGCAGAGGUCACGGUAUUAAGGCAGGGGUAGACAAUCCCGCUGUAGAGAUGAACGAUGUCGAUGUCAAGGUCGCCGAUGGGGAGUUGGUGAAAAAGGUGUUCAGAUCACCGGAAGUGACCGACGAAUCGGCAGAACAAGCCCCCGGCGUUGUGCGUCGCAUCUUCAACUACCUGUGCGGCGUCGGCAGCAUCGACGAGGAUGAAGGAAAAGCCAAAGAAAUGAUGGACCAUCUGGAAGACAUAGCCAGUUUACAGCAGAGCAAAUGCGUUAAAGUCGUGCUGACUGUUGGCCUCUGUAUUAUCAUGGGGAUAGGGGUUGCCAUGUACAUAUUCUGGUCUCUGUACAAGUUUGACACCCCACCGUUUUAUCCAGAGGGCGCUGCUUCUCUUCUUCCUGGAGAUUAUAAUUCGUCCAUGACAGCAAUGAAUACAACCGUUUAAUGUACACUCGGUUUCAUGACAGACUUCAUAUUCACAUACUCGAUUAUCCAGCGUAUAUUAGGGGCAGUCGUCUAAGGCGCCGCCAUUCGCUGCGCUGAGUUGCGUCCCUUUGGCACGCCAGAAAAAAAAAUAUAAUCGUGGGAUCGAAGGUUUCUAGGUUUGUCAGCACCAUUCCCGUGCUCGUGGGUGUAACCAAAGUGGAAAACGUCUAAGACCUGCAUCACUUUGGGCUUGCCUCACACCGUAAGCUGAUAUAACUUGAAUAUUGUUAAAAGCGGCGUUAAACCCAACAUACUCACUCACUCCUGCGUAUUAUAUAUCUCCAUUCGCCACUGACGUCACCAUAUCAAUCUCUCUUAUUAAUUAUGCUUAACAUUUUCUCUUGCUCAUAACCACCUCCGUGGUCUAGUGGUAGAGCGUCCGCCUGGAGAGCGGAAGGUCCGGGGUUCGAUCCCCAGCCGCGUCAUUCCAAAAGACGUUAAAGAUGGUACUGUUACCCUGUCGCUCGGCUUUAAGGGGCUAAAAUAAGGACUGGUCGGCUCGGAGUCAGUAUACGGUGUCUGAGAGGGAUAUUCAUGUUUAACUGCAGCAGGGUAUCUCAGUGGGCUAGCACUAUAAGUCGGCAUCAGUACUAGUGUACAAGCAGCAACACACACACGAGCGUUAUAAGUGCAAUAAUCUUGCGCGCAACGUUAAACCCCAUUUCGCUUCCCCUUCUCAUGCUCAUUAUUUAAUUUGAUUGGACAUCUUUUUUAGUAUUAUUUAAUUUUUAUCCCGCCCAAAAACGAAGCUAUUGUACCAAAUGGGUCCAGGGAAUUUAUCAAAAUAGAAUGGAGAUGUGACACACUGGAUAAUCGAGGGUGUUAUAUUUAUAUUUGAAAUAAGUAUGUUGAAGACUAUCGACCCUGUUUUAAUUAAUUUGAAAAAAGUCGUGAUAUGUAUAUUAUUAUAUAUCCACCUACUGAUGUAGUUCAUCAAUUCUCUUAUCUUUAAACAUAAUGUAAAUGUUGUCAUGGCAACAGCAAAUAUGACAGUAACCUUUAUGAUAUAUAUAAUGUCACAAGAGAAGUGACAUUUGAUAAUUCACCUGUAUUUAAUGACAUUAGGCUCCUUGCGAUGAGUUGGGGAAUAGUAAUCAUAGCGAUUCUAAACAGAAUAAGCUGGACCCUAACAAUCCUUUGACCGAUUACAUUUUCUAGAUGUGACAUUUUGAAUUAUUAUUAAAUAUCAAUUAUGUAACACAUCUCUUCUUCCUACUUCCUACUAUCGUUUAGUUGUCAUCUGUGUAUGAGUGAACUACCAACGAUCUAGCUUGAGGUGGGAACUGCGUAGUGUAUAGUAUAGAGGCGCUAUUGAACUACCAACGAUCUAGCUUGAGGUGGGAACUGCGUAGUGUAUAGUAUAGAGGCGCUAUUGAACUACCAACGAUCUAGCUUGAGGUGGGAACUGCGUAGUGUAUAGUGUAGAGGCGCUAUUGAACUACCAACGAUCUAGCUUGAGGUGGGAACUGAGUAGUGUAUAGUGUAGAGGCGCUAUUGAACUACCAACGAUCUAGCUUGAGGUGGGAACUGCGUAGUGUAUAGUGUAGAGGCGCUAUUGAACUACCAACGAUCUAGCUUGAGGUGGGAACUGCGUAGUGUAUAGUGUAGAGGCGCUAUUGAACUACCAACGAUCUAGCUUGAGGUGGGAACUGCGUAGUGUAUAGUGUAGAGGCGCUAUUGAACUACCAACGAUCUAGCUUGAGGUGGGAACUGAGUAGUGUAUAGUGUAGAGGCGCUAUUGAACUACCAACGAUCUAGCUUGAGGUGGGAACUGCGUAGUGUAUAGUGUAGAGGCGCUAUUGAACUACCAACGAUCUAGCUUGAGUUGGGAACUGCGUAGUGUAUAGUGUAGAGGCGCUAUUGAACUACCAACGAUCUAGCUUGAGGUGGGAACUGAGUAGUGUAUAGUGUAGAGGCGCUAUUGAACUACCAACGAUCUAGCUUGAGGUGGGAACUGCGUAGUGCAUAGUGUAGAGGCGCUAUUGAACUACCAACGAUCUAGCUUGAGGUGGGAACUGAGUAGUGUAUAGUGUAGAGGCGCUAUUGAACUACCAACGAUCUAGCUUGAGGUGGGAACUGUGUACUGUACAGUAUAGAGGCGUUUUGGGGCUUUUGGGGGAAACAUCUCAUUGUUGAAUGGGUAGUCUAUGCCAUAUUGUUUAAAGAGGUACGUUUAAAGUUAGCACUUUACCAUUAGGGUAUUUAGUGAAUGCAUGGUGGGUAAAAGUUCUAAUAACAUCGCCAAAACGAUUUAAUUCGCCAUACAUAUAAAACAGAUUGUACAAAUAAUGUUAAGGGAUUCGAAGAAUGUGAAAAGAAAAACAGAAUGUAUUUUUGUGCUUUUAUUACGUUUACGAAAUUUAGGUAAAUUCGCCAUUAUUCUGUUUGGAUUACAAUGAAGAUUUUCAUUCUUGCCCAGCCAUUGAAUCAAACUUAACUGGGCUCUAGGGAACAAGGUUACAGAACAAAAGAGGAAAUUGGGUUUCAAGUACAUUGUGUAAGUUUCUCUCUGCCGGUAGGGCGUUGCUACAAGGAGGCUUAUCUGACUCCUUAUAUCUUCAUCUAUAGUACAUGUUUUGUUUGUUUGUUGUUUAACGAGUCUGGACCAGACAAUCCAGUGAUUAACAUCAUGAGCAUCGAUCCACGCAAUUGGAAUACGAUGAGAUACAUCAACUAGGUCAGCGAGCCUGACCACCCGAUCCCGUUAGUCGCAUUGUACGGCAAGCAUGGAUUGUUGAAGACCUAUUCUACCUCGUACCUUCACGGGGACAACAGUACAUGUAAGCAAUGCCCACCAACCUGCUUGUUUCCCAAUAAUAACAGCAAUUCGCCGGAGGGGUUUGCCUACAGCAGAUCUUCCUUAUGGUGAAGUUAGUUUAUAAUGGCCCUUGUUGUUGGUGGUGUCAACCGGACUGAUGAUGUCGGGGCACUGGCGUUAGGGUGUGUGGCCAAAAUGGCAGCCGUUUCAAAUCGACCCCAUUCGUCACCACUCGCCCCUUUCCGUAACCUGCAAGAAGACUCGUCCCCCUAUCGAUGAAUG